GACAGCGCCUGUUCUUAGAGGUCUUUGUCUGAGACCUAUACUAUGAAGUCCAUCGCGAUAUCCUCGUACUUAGCGCCAAUCCAAGGCUCACAUUCAACUUAUUCCACCCGUGUACAUCUAUGGCAGACAGGCGCAAAACAUGAAUGUACACUGCAUUUCUUGCAUAUGCUACCUCCUGAUAUCAUCGUCGAUCCGUACGAGUUAAUCGACCUCCAUCACUCUUUUAACAUAUUUGGCGUAUCCAAUCUUGAGCUGCCAGUUUCAGCUGUACAGGAUUUUGGUACUGUUCUGCUGCUCAAUGCAUCUCUUCCGAACCGCAAUGAAAAUGAUAUCGACAUCACAAUUGACAUACCUAUACACAUUCGUUACGGUGUACCUUCAUCGCACAAUUCUCACAAGACCAUUGAAGUUAAACCACCCGCGAGCUUUUGGGCUUGUCCAACUGGUUCUUCGGAAUAUGUUUACGAUUUCCCUGAUAUACCCUCAGAACUCUACUCGCCUCUCAAACGAGCAUGGCCACAUCCUGUGUCGUUUUUCAGUGCGGAGAGUAUGUCAACCGAUACCAUUUCGAUUCCAGUGGGUGGACUCGAGGACCUUUUCUAUGUCGAACUAGGGACUGUUGGUGUUAUUAUCGUUGCCUUUUUAUAUCUGUUGCAGAAAUCCGUUGUCGUUGCACGAACUCUUCAAUCUCAACACUUUCACGAAGACUGAACAUGACAUAGAUCUCGAAAUGUCGAUGAUACCGAGACAAGUUUAAAUGUAUUUAUUUAUGUUAACUGGUAUGACUCGGUUUAAAUAUGACAUUCAGGUAGUACACGCUAUACAAGUAAGUGUGCGCACAACACACACAUAUCAAUGCUACAAGUAUAUGAGAUAGAUACAGUUCUUAAGAUAUCCUUAAUCAUUACUCAUGGGGCCAGUCUCGGACAAAAGCUGCGGGUAAACAACCAAUGGAACACAUACGGGGUCCCGUUCCACUACAUUCUACGGGAGUUGAUGCUGGAGUUCUAUAACAUCGCUACCUUCCAUACUGAUGGUCGAAGUCGAAGUCGAAGUCGUCGAUCCCAUCUUGGAAUAGAAUCCGCGGACAUUGAGGACCAGCCGCUCAGCAAGGAUAGCAGGUAUAACCAUCUGCCAAUUGGCUAUCUUUUGGUACAGCGUGCGAGGGCCUACCAGAUAUAUCAAGGUGGAGAUCAGGAAUACAACGAAAUUAAUCAUGAAGAACAAUAAUGAGUCUCUCAUCAUCAUACUAAUCACACGCGCUCCGGACCAUGUUUUGUCGGGAACUUGACGAUAGUGCUGCAGUGACUUGU